CCGAACCAAGCGACUGGAACAACUGCUAUCUUUCGUAAAUAUAAGAUAUAAGCAGUUAAUUCUUUUUACCAAUUUUUCUCCUCGUAAAUUCUCAUGUGCAUUUUAUUUCACUGCAGAAAGUCUUCUGUCUCUGACAUUGAAACCGUCUGAUUCCGUCUAUUGUCACUACAAGUGUCUUGAGACCAAUCCAAUUACCCCUAUUAUCCUCUCCAACCACACAGCACGCAACCGCAAUGGGAAUGUUUGCAAACAACCUCAUACGGAAAGCGGCCGCAGGCCAGCUAUGCAAGGCCUUUGGCGUAAAAGCCAUGGCCCACCCGACCAUAGCCACGCUCGUCAAAAACGCCGGCUACGACAGCCUGUUCAUCGACCUGGAGCACUCCAACCUCAGCAUCUCCGACGCCAGCAUCCUCAGCCACGCCAGCCUCAACGCCGGCCUGACCCCGUUCGUCCGCGUCCCCCACCAGUGCGGCAACGGCUUCGUGCAGAGGGUGCUGGACGGCGGCGCCAUGGGCGUCAUCUUUCCCCAUGUCUCUAGCGUCGAGGACGCAAAAGCUGCAGUAUCAAUCUCCAAAUACCCACCGCAGGGCGUGCGGUCCAUGACGGGCCAGCUGCCCAUCUUCAACCUCGAGGCCGUGCCGCAAGCAACCGUCAUCGCCGAGGGCAACACGUUGGGCUCGACGGUGCUGGUCAUGAUCGAGGACAAGCGGGCCGUGGCCAACGUCGACGCCAUCGCCGCCGUGCCGGGCGUGGACGUCUUGCUAGUCGGGUCCAACGACCUGGCAAUCGACCUGGGCGCGCCGGGGGCGUUUACGACCCCGGAAUUCCGGUCGGCGCUCGAAGCCAUCGCCGCAGCGUGUAAAAAGCACGGCAAGAUCAUGGCCCUGGCUGGCAUCUACGACCAGCCCGAGAUCCAGGGCUGGGUGGUGCGGACCCUUGGGGCAAAAUAUCUGCUGUGUCAGCAGGAUACGGCAGUGGUGGCUUCGGGGGCUCUCAAUGCCUUGAGGGCGGUUGAGCUCAAUGUUGAAAAACCGGCGAAUUAAUCGAUAAACAGACCAGAAUAAGCUGGAGUUAGUGUAUUUUCCUCCAUCGGUGUAAAGCCCUAGUAGAUGAAAAAACGUAAUAUUCCCAGCCAGUCUACCCCCAAUGCAACGCAGUGUAAGCCCA